CCUCCUGCUCUGUCCCCCCAGGCAUGAGGGGCUUCAUGACCGCCCACGGCCAGCCUGACCAGCCCCGGGCCGCCCGCUACGUCCUGAAGGACUACGUCAAGGGGAAGCUGCUCUUCUGCCACCCCCCUCCCGGCAUCGCCGCCGAGGACUUCCAGCAGCAGCACCGGCCACGGAGGCCGAGCCGGGGGAGGCCGGAGGCUGCGGCCGAGGCACGGAGGCCGGAGCGGGGCCCCCACAAGGCCCGGCAGAUCGAGAACGUGGUGGACCGAGCGUUCUUUCACCAGGAGAACGUGAGGGCGCUGACCAGGGGCGUGCGGGCCGUGAUGGGCCACAGGCCCGCCCCGCCACCCUCUGCCGGCCCCCACGGGGGCUCCGGGAAGCCCUGGAAGAAGCACGGCAACCGGAACAAGAAGGAGAAGGUGCGGCGGCUCACCGGCCACUUGGACGCGUGAAUCGGGGGGCCCAUGAGUCCGGGGGGGCUGCGGGGCGGAUCCUCGUGCCGGCCGGUGCCAGACUGCGGGUCCCCCCACGAGCCACGGGAACGUCCUUGAAGUCAAGCUGGGGCCAAGGAUGGAGCCGCAGAGACGCCGUUAGAACCCGGGCCCAGGCGUGGCCGCCCGCUGCUUCACGUUCCCCCGUGCGGUGGCCAGCGAGCAGCCGGGCGACUGGCCCCGGGCCGGGCCGCCUUCUUCAUGCAGGGGUUCUCCUUAGCCUCCUGCUGCCGAGCCGGGGGUCGCCCAGGCCCGUCCAGGACGCCCUGCCUGAACCCAGCCGCCUCCCCAGUGUCCUGCCCUGGGCCGGGGGAGGACUUCAGCCUCUGGGCUGGUGCCUCGGCCCUUCGGAGCCCGAUUUAAUAAAUUCUUAAUAAAGCA